UCUUACAAUAUUAUCAACGAAGUUCACAUGCAUGAAGAUGUAAAUGAAAAUGGAGGAAGUUAAUCAUCUCUCAUUCAAUUUUUUUUUUUCAUGCAUUAAUAUCUAUUAUCCUCCACAGCAGGAAAAAAAUCCCGCUCAAAUGCUGCAUCAACCGUCGGUCUGCAACACACAGUCAAAUUUUUCUUCCGAUUCUCAUCUCGCAAUCAAUUUCAUUUUUGCCUGAUCCUGGUGCUUCCGAUUCUCAUCCUGCUACCCUCUCUCCCAGAGCAGCCCGCUACCGCCAGAAGGAAGACAACGCAAAGAGUAUGGAUGGCAGCACCAGGUGAGGGUUUGACUCUAAUGCAUUCGACCAUAAAAUCCGACAGCAGUUAUGGACUAGAUGCAUCACAGGGCAGGGAUUCAGGGACAAAGAUUGCAGGCUUCACAGAUAGAUGCCUAAAGCACAUAGGAAACAUAUAGGAGGAUUGGCGAUGGACGGAUUCUUGGAGGGAGUAUUGUGGAGGCUCUUGAUGGGAUCCAUAUUGAUGAUGCUUCUUAACGGGAUCUAUACAUCAAACAAUGAGACCAAUAACUUAGGUUUCAAGAGAACGGUGAAGGUGAAGCCUCUAAGUGCCAAGCAAAAGAAGUAAGAGGAAUGGAAUACAUCAAUGCCUACUCAACUCCCUGCAAUAUGUCUUUUUAGUAAGAUUCAUUAGAAGGUUGUGGCUCAUAACUGCCUUUGAUUUAGUCCUAAUCUUAUCCUAAGUUUCAGGGCUCAAGAAGAAGUGAAUCAACUUCAAACUUUAGUACUCCCCUGUGAUCAAAAUGAUGUUGAAUCUUCACUUGAUUUUGGUAUGGGGUAAGUUACAGUGAUAUGAUUUCUGUCUCUCUGAUUUAGAAUGGGGUGAAGACGGUAAUUGGAGGAUGAAUGAUGUCCUUCACCAGGGUGACUUAUGGGAAGAAUUUGCAAUCCAAAGAGAAAAGGAAGAAAAAUUAAUAGAGGUUGGUCCUUAGAAAUCUUGACUUCUCCAUUUUCCCAACCAUAAUUUCAAUAGCAUGCUUUUCAAAUUCUACCCCCACCCCUUACUCAUCUAAAUACAAUUGAGCAAAAUUGAUGCAAGAGUCCUUGGCAUUCUCAAAGGGGUGUGGCAUUUGGAAUUUAAGCUUGAGUCUGUAUCUAUGGUUUUAGGCAGAUUGUAGUUGUCUCCUUGACCUGAUGCAAGCGGGAAAAGAGGUCUUACUCUGUUUAAGUUUUUUUAAUUUUAUUUACUAUGUCGUAGAUCAUUCAUUAUGUAAUUUCAUUUUGUAAACAUGUUUGAAUUAUGUUGGGAUUUUUUACAUAUAUCUCUUGCAAGUUUUAAGAGCCUGACUUGAUUACCUUUCUUGAUUGCUUUUCUAUAUGAAGAUGCUUAAAUUCAAACCAGAAAUUCUAAUCGUCACCAAUAUCAUCUCUUAGUUUCAUUUUAGAUUUAGAUGUAGUACACAAUAUAUUCCAUAAUAUAUUUUUCUUUUCUUUAAGGGUUUUUAUACUCAAGUUUACAAAUGUCUGUCAAUAUUUUUCUUACUAUUGUAUUCAGUUACUGCAUUAAAGUUUACUACAUAUGUCUUAAAGAUAAAUAUUUCUUUAAAAUGGAAAACAGACCACACAAAGGCAUUGUGUGCUAUAAAUAUGCUUCGAAUGUGUAGUAGUAGGGAUCUAUUAAGUUACUCCUUCAUAGUAAUAAUAUGCAAAACACGUGAUGAUUAGCAAAAAAAAUGCUACGAUGAAUUUUUGAACCUUUUAUUGUCUGUAAUUUAUCUUAUUAAUGCAGGUCAUUUUGGGAACAUUUGGGAGAAAGAUUAGUUGCACAAAAAAAUGAAGAUAAGACUUUGUAUUGACAAUAACAUAGGCCGAAAAGACUUUUCUGAUCUCUAAGAAGUGAAGACAGUUUAUUGUGAAAGACCACAGUUAAAGGACUGACAACUUCACUGUGAUACCACAAGAAAAGAAGCAUUAUUUGGCCGUAGCUUUCGGAUUUGCUUUGUUUUGAAGAAUGCUUUCUGAUUGUUUUGGAAGAUGCAAGGUGACUCUGGAUACUUUAGUAGAUGAGAAAGACACAACUUUAAAUUGGAGAUUUUUUGGUGGCUUCUGCGCUUGGACUGUAGAAGCUGCACACAGACUGCUACUGCACCAUUUUUUAAACUAGGAGUUGUAGUUUGCUUCUUGGGAUCUCUCUCUCUGUUUUAUGUUUUUAGCAGUAUCACUCUUAUUUCCUUUUCUCAGCAACUUUGGUUCUCUUAUUUUCCUUAUCAUGCUUUAGAGAGAUGUGUACUCUUUUUUAAAUGGAGAAAUUGGUUGGUUAUACAAAAAUUUGAAGAUGUUCUUAAUUAAGAUCUAUAUCUUCUUUUUUUUUUGAGGAAAAGAUCUAUCUACACACACAGUAUUGAUGUAGAAUUUGAAGAAGAGGGGGCAGGGAGAUGAAACGGAGAAGACUAGCAAAUUCAAUUCGAAGAGGACGGCUCAGGAAAAAAGAGAUGGCAGAAGUGAGGAACGGACAAGGCCGAGCCGCUGAUACUUUUCUCGCUGAACCUAUGCAGUACUUGCGCCGCUACCGUGAACUUCCCACUUCGCAGCAGCCGGCGGCUUUGUUCCCCCACUUGCACUGUGUUCAUCAGCAAGAUUCUCUACUUCACCUGGAUCUCAUCCUAUGACGACCGGCAACUUCAUCAGUUAUUUACAAUCUCAGCCCAAGCAAAACAUGCACGAAGAGGAGAAAAACAAGUCCUUAAAGAAUGAAUUGUGGAGAAAUCAUGGCAGGUGCAGGAUCAAGAUAGAAGUAAGGGGAUUAAAAAAAUUGAUUCUCAUCAAUAUGCCUUUAAGGUCUCACACUGGCCUGUGCAAAGAAGAUGUGAAACUAGGCGGCUAAUUGAAGGAUCAACAUGUUGGUGACUAUCUUUAAGUUUAACAAUUAAUGGUGACUCAUCAUUUAAUGCCAUAUAAUAGCUUACAUGCUCAUUUCUUGAAUUAUUAUUUGUAUUAUCAUUGUUGUUGUUAGCAUUUGAAAUGGUUGGUGUUACUUCAUAAUAGUUUUGGUUUUUGUUAAUUUUGGAGAGAACAUGUAGUUUGAUUUGCCAUCAUCAUGCCUUUUCUUCUCAAGUCACUGUAAUA